ACGAUGCUGGGCCACCAUCACAACAAUCCGCACGCGCUCGGCCGGAGCUGCAACGAGGACGCCCGGGCCGGCAACGAUGGCUGCGGCCAGUUCGAUCCGACCGGCGAGCAUCUGCGGGCGGCCAUGCGCGAACACCAGGCACAGCAGCAGCAGCAGCAGUCGAACGACGAUUGCCACCCGUUCGCCCACAGUCCCGUGCCGCGCAACGGGCUCGACCUUACCGAUGAGUUCCUAAAGAGUGAGAACGUGCUGAAGGGAUGAGAGUAGACGGCCCGCUACCACACGCCAACCGCCGGUAGUUGGGGUGCGGAGUAAAGCGAGCCGAGAGUGGGAAUGGGGGCUGGGGAAGAUUGCGGGGUCAGUGAUUGCCUAUUUUUGUUUGUUGGAAGAAGUUAAAGCAAAAGUUACCCCUUCAUUUGGUGCAUUUACUCGCGAUGGGGGACCGAAGGAGCAGCAGUCUUCACGUGUGGGAAAGGGGGGAAGAAGGGAAAAGGGAGCCUCAUUUAACAAACAAGUAGUAGCAAAACGAUUGUUCACCUUUCUAUUUCGAAAGCAACACAGAAGAAGAAACAAAACAAAAACAAUGCGCUCGUUUUCCGACAUCCAGAUGAAACAUUAUUUUUUCAAUUACAAACUUUUAAGACUUAACCAGAUGAGAAACAGAUAACAAGAUAGAGAGAGAAAGAAAGAGAGAGAUAGAGAGAGAAAGAGAGAGAGAGAGAGAGAAAGAGAGAGAUAAAAAGAGAAGCACAAAGCGCGAAACGAGCCAGUAGGAGAAGCAAAAGAUAACGAAACGUGAAACAAGAGAGCGCAAAAAGAAAACAAGAGAAGUAGAGCAGAAGAGAAAGAGAGAAGAAGUAGAAGAAAACAUAACAAAUUAAAAACAAACAAACAAACAAACAAAAAAAAGAAGUGAAGAAAACAAGGGACUCGAUGUGUGAAUUAAUAAGCAAAACAUGAACUAUAUGUAUAAAACAAACCAACCAACACAAAGCAAAUAAAACGACCGAUCCCCUUUUGCUGCAUUAUGCCACGGCUCGGAGCUGUCCGGCUCCGAGCACAAAAACUGAAA